GAUACCUCUUUAGUCAAACAAUUUUCUACUAGCGAUGCUCUUUAUUACUUCGGCAGGAUCAAUGGGCUUGACGAUAAAGAGAUCGAAACGAGACAUAGGUUUUUCUCGGAAUUGUUCCAACUGCCUCCAGCAAAUCAGUUGGUGAAGAACAUGAGUGAAGGUCAACGAAGGAGGGUUUCCUUUGUCGCCGCAUUGAUGCAUAAGCCUCAACUUCUAAUUCUAGACGAGCCCACCGUAGGUUUGGACCCAUAUUUGAGAGAAAACAUUUGGGCUUAUCUGAUCAAACUCACGCAGGAGGAGGGUACCACGGUAUUGAUCACGACGCAUUAUAUCGAAGAAGCUAAAAAGGCUAAUAAAGUCGGUUUGAUGAGACAUGGUAAAUUGUUAGCUGAAUCGGCGCCGCAGAAAUUACUGGAGAAAUUUCAAUGCUCGUCAUUGGAUGAAAUUUUCGUGAAAUUAUGCGAGGCACAAAAUAAUGCAGUCACUUUAAAUGAAGCUCAGGGAUCCAAUAUGGAAGACACAGGUAGCGCUGCCUUCACUCACGAUCAAAACAAAUAUGAACAACUAAAAGGAAACAAAACGGUUUCGAAUAGACAAGUUUCACGGUUAAGAAGAUUCCAAGCUCUAUUUGUAAAGAAUAUCAUCCGAUUUACCCGUAAUUACUCGUAAGUAUUUAUCAUAACUUAUCAAUAAUGCAAAAGGGAUGGCUUUGUUAACAAAAUAAAAUUGCAAUUGUUUCAAUUUCGAA